GAUAAUGACGACAUUCUGUCGCGACACACAAAGUAGCUAGCUAGCUUAGCUGGCUAGCAAACACGCUGAAGCUUUCCGCUGAGAAACUAGCUGCGUGACUGGCUCGCGAGCUAGCUAGCUGUAUUAGACGACGUUGAAAAUGGCUUCCUCUAUUUGGAAGGGUUUAGUCGGUAUUGGUCUCUUCGCUUUGGCCCAUGCAGCUUUCUCAGCGGCACAGCAUCGAUCUUACAUGCGACUAACGGAGAAGGAGAACGAAACGCUUCCAAUAGACAUAGUCCUGCAGACAUUGUUAGCAUUUGUAGUGACCUGUUAUGGCAUAGUCCACAUUGCAGGGGAGUUCAGGGAAAUGGAUGCCUCAUCAGAGCUCAAGAACAAGUCGUUUGACACAUUGAGGAAUCAUCCUUCCUUCUACGUGUUCAACCACCGCGGCCGGGUGCUGUUCCGCCCCCCAGACGAGGAGCCGCCCUGCAGGUCGGGCCCAGAGGCCCUGCCUUCCAAUCCCCUGAGGCUGCGCAAGCUGGAGCCCUCGCACCACUGAGACUCUUCCACAGAUUCCCUUUUUCCUUUUUCCAUGAACAGAUGAGCUCAGUGGUGGGGCGGGGGAGAAAAGCUUUUUAGAAGCAAAGAAGCCUUUUUUUCCCCCCUCCUUCUCUAUUUAUGAUAAAGAAUUAAUUUUGCAUUCAGUUCCAUCACGAGUAACAGCGUUUUUUUCCACUCUAUGGACGGUGCCAACUUCUUUGGUUUAUAGGUUGAGUUGAUAUACUUGUAAAUAAAUGCCAUUGCUUGGGAGUCGUAAAGACCUUGCCUAUGCAGCCACCCCUUGUUCUAACAACAGUUUACCAAAGCUGCAAACUGCAUCCACCUGCAAGACCGCAAACCUUUCAUGUCCAAAAUUUCAAAUGUAUUGCUGCCUCUGUAACAUUGUUUUUAACCAUACAAUUAUAAUUUUAUGUGUAUAUGUAUUCAGAACUUUUAAUUGUUUUAUGGAAAAUAAAAACUUCACUAAAACAUCAGCACCAAUAGUCAACACAAGGAAGAGCAAUACUUUUGAUACAAUCAAACUCUUUCUGGAUUUUACUUUUUCAUUGGAGAACAUUGCUGCCUAUUGGGCUUUAACCAUUUCUGUCUGCAGCUGUGACUGGCUGAACUGUUGCCCAAUGCCCGCCCCCCAUUCCCUGUGCUCUCCAAUGUACAUAAGGAUUUAGGACAGUUUAUAAACCAAGAGCCAUUUUGACUCUGGACAUUUAUAAAGUGAUCUUGAAUGAAAUAGAGAUGGUAGGCCCCUUGUAUAGGUAUAUGAUUAUUAUUUAUGCAUUGGGGGGGCUGUGGUAAAAAUAUUUGACUAAUUAUGCUGUGAACAUUGAGGAGUUGAGCCUAACUUGAUACAUUUGUCUGGGAUUAUUUUUUAUGUUAUGUAAAAUGCAACAGAUGGGUUUGUAAGUAAAUAAAUUAAGAUUUCAGAUUAAA